CCUGACAAGACUACAACCAGCUGGGUAAACAUGGCGUCUGUCUCUGGAUGUGAAAAUUACAUGUAGCGCUACAGGCUGUUAGCGGUGUGUGUGUGUCGCUCAGACGUCUCGCUUUUUAGCCCAAAACACAGAAACGUGGUGGAGACUACGCAUGAAGAAAUUAAGCUGAAAGAAGAGAGGUGCUUCAAUGAUGCUGCUGUGAAGAAAAAAUUCUCUCUGAUCAUCAUGAAGGGUCUGACGCCAGCACGGAGCCUCUGAUUGGCGAAGGAUAAUUGCUUUUGUUAACAGAUAUUAGUAUUUAAUGUGGAGGAGGCUACGUUGAAUUGAUUUGAGACAUAUCAAGGAUCUUGGACUCUCUUUAGCAGGGGCGCAGUUGGAUUUGUUGGGCCCACUAUGCUGUGGGACCCCCUUUUUUAAAAUGGUAUAAUCCACUUGCUUUUUCCUUUUCUUAGUCUGGGAAUCUCCAGGUUAUUUUAACCUCACUGACAGGCAGAAUGGUCCACCUGACAGCUGGUUUAUGACUUUUUAACUGUGCUGUGUGUUGUGCUUCUGACUGGUUUGAUGAUACAUUCAAGCCUUCAGCUGUUACUCUAAGGGACUUUUAUUUUUUUUACCUCGUUUACUAAUUUGCGUUGUGCCUUUGUAGUCAUCUUUGCUGGACGCCUGUUUCAAGGGAGAGUAGUCACAGUACUAAAUGAUCCCCAAUUGUAGAAAUUGUGUCUAACAAUGGACUGAUGAAUAUCUAAACUCUUGGAGAUUACUUUGUUACCCUGGCCAGUUUUAUUGAAAUCAACAUUUCUUGAUCUUCUGAGAUCUCUUUUUAGUGAGUCAUGUCAGCAGACCCAUCUUGUGGAUAGCAAAUACAAAUAUUUGAGUGAUUAUUAUAGGUCAAAAUAUCCUCAAACAACACCUCUAGUCCUUUCCUUUCUCUAGGAAUCUCUUACAGGCAGAAUGGUCCACCUGACAGCUGGUUUAUGACUCUUUCCUGUGCUGCUCUGUGUUUUCUCAUGCCUUGCUCAUCAACACAACUAUGAUAGGCUCACCUGACGUGGUGGCUUUCACUAAAGAGGAUGAUUUUGGGCAGGCAGAUCCCGACCCCUGGGCCAUCCCCGAGGAGUUUUCUGUCCCUCUAUCUCCAAUCUCUGACUCCAACCCCUGGGCUAAAACCUCCUACGCCAAGUUCACCAAAGACUUCAUCCUCAUCUCCGAGUUCUCCGAGCAGGUCGGCCCUCAGCCUCUCCUCACCAUCCCCGAAGACCCCAAAGUCUGCGGCACCUUCGACCUCAACUACUUCUCCCUGCGCAUCAUGUCGGUGGACUACCAAGCCUCCUUUGUGGGGCAUCCGCCCGGCAGUGGGUACCCGAGGCUCAGCUUUGUGGAGGACUCCAGGGUGGUGCUGGGAGACUCAAAGGAAGGAGCGUUUGCAUACGUCCAUCACCUCACGCUUUACGACCUGGAGGCGAGGGGCUUCGUGCGACCGUUCUGCAUGGCGUACGUCUCGGCUGACGAGAGGAAAAUCAUGCUGCAGUUUCAGGAGCUUUCCCUCCGCUUCUCUCAGGCGUCCGAGUGUCUGAAGGCUGGGAACAGGAGGGCGUUUGCCAAGGAGCUCCAGAGGAAGCUGCGGGAUCUGGAGUACACUCACUCGGUGCUGCAGAGGGAGGAGGGUCUGCAGAGAGAGGCUGGGACUCAGCGCAUGUACUCCGCUCACGCUGUGGAGAAAGCCAACGAGCUCGCUAACGUGGAAAAAAGCAUCUACGAACACCGAGACCUGCUUAGACAGAUCAGCUCCUACAAUAAACGUCCGCGCCGAGACCCUCAAGCCGUCAGCUGCCAGAGGUGCAUCAACGAGUGCUUGAUCGAAUGCGAGCAGCUGAUAGACAAAUAUGCAAAGCUUGCCAGGCCUUUUAGCUACAAUGACAAAGAUGAAACGGGGCAGGCCAUCGAUGCUGGAGGUGACGAAGAAGGGGAUGAUGAAGGCGUUAAGCGAAGGCCGUCCUACACGCCACAGCUGAUCAAAGCCAAGUCUGCAAAGUGUUUCGACAAACGCCUGAAGACCCUGCCGGAGCUGUGCGACGUUACUUUCUACGACGCCACCGUGACGCUCCUGAAGGACACGGAGAAGGGUUUCCGGGGGGAUCUUUGCUACCUUCACACACAACGCCUGGACAAGGCACUACGCAGGAAACAGAGAGUUACCAACUUCCUGUUUGAGGAGGACCUCGGGGAUGACGAUGAAGAGGAUGAAAGGGGGACCCUGAGACCAUUCUGUGCUGUGAACCAUGCUGUAGAUAACGAUACUCCUUUAAAUCCACCUCAUAUUGUGCUUGGAACAGAACCUCUAGUGUUGGAUGAUCUGGAGCCUCCGGAUCCUCUCAACCCCGGCCAUACUUCAGAGACCGAACCUGGGCUUGUGGAGAGCCAUCUGGAGUCCUCCCCUUCAGAUCAAACUCUGGAGACUCAAGGGAGCUCAGAAGGGAACAAAGGAAGCUUCAGCAGCGAUAAGAGCGGACUGGAUCUCGCAGAGAAGCAACUGAAUCGGGCUAAAUCACAAGCUCCUGAUCCUGAUUGUGAACUGACCAAUGAACCGGACAUGGAGAGGGAAAGCAGCAGCGAAGAUUUGGAGACAACCGCUGGGGAUGAUGAUGGAGACGGGACUCCUGUGUCACUUCUGGAGGUUGUGUCCGAGCUGGAGGCCAGCAGAGAAGACGAGUGUGAAGUAAUAACUGACGGGGCUUCGGAUAUAUUGAUUCCUUUGGACUCUGCUUGCUGUAUGGCCCAGGAGGGUUUCCUUUACGAAGCUUCUCCAGCAGAGAGAACUCCUUGUGUUGGCCAAAGCUCCAACUCGCAAUCCCCAGUUGUCAACCAGGAGCCUCAGGCCCUUCUCCCCCUCCAGAACGACUACACGGUGGGUUCUCCGGGCUCAGAAAGCCCCGCCACUGGACUGGAGUUGCCUGUUGGGCUCCUCGGAGAUGCCGUUUCCCGAACCUCAUUGGAGGAAGGGUCAGACUGUACCAUGAGUGCUUCUACAGGGUCCGAUCGGGCUGCUUCACCUCUUGGCUACGGGGGAGUUGUGACCCUGCGCCAGAGGAAGAAGGCCGGACAAGGAGCGCUGAAGUUUGUGCGGCAGUAUCCGUUUGCCAUGCAGGCGCUGUGGUGUCUGCUGAGCGGCCGCACGCUGGUGGUGCUCGGGGCCGACGAGGGGAGGGUCCGCCGGCUCGUUUCUGCUCUCGCUCUCUUUGUGCCGGCGCCGGGGAAAUGUGGCGAGAGAGUUCAAGCCUGGCUGUCCUGUCCCUUCACCCUCACCGACCUGCAGAGGUGGAAACUCAUUGGCUUACAAAGAGUGGCGUCCCCUGUCGGCUCCAGCAUGCUUUACUCUCUGUCGCGCUACAGCCGCUACAUCUCCAUCCUGGACGUCGACCAGAAAACGCUGCGCUGUCCUCCGUACCGAGGCCAGCUGCUUGCCAACAUCGCCGACCAUCGCACCUCCAUCCGCCGCGGCUCCACCUUCUUCCUCCACCUGCAGAGCACGCUGUGUGAGAUGGCAGCCAAGGCCUUCCUGUUGACCUUCACCCACCACCUGCACCUCCCCGUCAGCUGCACCGAGGGGCCGGAGGGGGUGGAGGGCCGGCGCCGCUGCUUCCUGCAGGGACAGCUGGGUCUGGGGCACCAGGACAGCCAGAUCCUGCUCUACCUCAGCCAGCUCGUCACGCAGCACUACCUGCAACCCGCCACCGGGGGCAGCGCAGCGGCAACCAGCUUCACCUUCAACUACACCACCAGCGUUUUAUACAAAAUCUGAUUUGAACCUGAGGAUUCCCACAUAUAGUUUUAGCAAAUAUCAUCAUUGACUCUUUGUUUUUAAAUGGACCAAAUGAGGAUUUUAAAGAGGGCCAGGAAGAACUCUUAAAUGGUUUUCGUUUAAUUUAGUGUUUAAUCUGUCUUUCUCUCUGCCUUGCUGUCUUUUUGUCUUGUCGUCCUUCUUCCUCAACGGGAAGGAAAACGGAGACAGUUGUGAAUGUCAGUGAGCAUUUGUUUAGCAAAUAUCAUCGUCGACUCUUUGUUUUUAAAUGGACCAAAGGAUAAUUUUAAAGAGAGCCACGCUCAGUUUUAUUUCCAGGAAAACCUCUUAAAUAGUUAUCGUUUUAUUUAGUGUGUAAGCUGUCUUUCUCUCUGCCUUGCUGUCUUUUUGUCUUGUCGUCCUUCUUCCUCUACGGGGAGGAAAACGGAGACAGUUGUGAAUGUCAGUGAGCAUUUUGUCUGUAUUUGGUCCAGAACACAAUCACAAACCAAACACAGCAAAUGAAGGUCAGUCGUACUUAUUGUCAUUGUGUGUUUUAAUGGAAAUGUUACUUGCGCUGGCUUGUUUAGGGUCAGUUCCGCCCUUUCUCCUCACCACACACACACACACACACACACACACACACACACACACACACACACACACACACACACACACACACACACACACACACACACACACACACACACACACACACACACACACACACACCACACACACACACACACACUCUGUGUUAGCUAACCACAGCUCUGUGUUGACAUCCACCAAUCACAGUUGACAGCUAUGAUAAUCUUAGCUAUGUAUUUUAAGGAUUACUGCAACAUUCUCACGUACGCUGACAUUAUCUGCCCGUGAAAUCUUAUCAACAGGCUUAUCACAGCUGGUUUUGUGACAUGCCUCUCUUCCAAAUCAACCUCCUGAAGCCUAUUCCUUUUUUAUAUUUCUUUUAUGAGCCAAUUUCAAACGCACAUUCCUGCAGCAAUCUUCAUUUUAUAUCCAAAUAGAGACACAAUGUUGGAUGUAAGCUGAGUGGAUUUGUGGGCAUGGAUUAAACAUUCCUUACCUUAAAUUGGUGAUGCAUGAGAAAGUAAUAUGUGCUGCGUGAACUACACACGGAGAGCCCCAUGUGAUAUUUGCAUGUCCGGAAAUCAUACUCACCCAUGUUGGGCCGGUGUCACUAUUAAGAGCUCGCGGAGCAUUUUCAUGGAUAUUACUCACACCGUGCAGGAAAUGUACUCAAACCUAAAUGUAGUGAAUUUCACUGUUGUCUUAAAAGUUGUCUGAGAGUGUUGUGGUGUCAGCAUGAGACUGUCUUGUGCUCGGGUGAAUCACCGUGUUGAUAAUAUUUCUGUUUCGUUGUAAUUGGAUGAAGAUGCUGAAAGAGUUUGAGGUGACGGGGAUGAUGUUCUACAGAGUUUAUUAUAGGGGAAAGAAUGAUUUCCUGUGCCAUCGAAAACGAGCUAACUUGAAUUAGGACAGCUGCCUAUUAUUUAUUUUUCUUCUGAGCAGCCAUUGCUGGAUGUGUGAUAGGAAACAAAACGUGUGUGUAUUUAUUGCUUUAGGACAAAUUUGGAUUAUGACCAUCAUGAUAAGUACGCUUCGAUUUUCUCUUCGCAUUCUGGAGAAAAAAAGGAAAUCUUUUACAGGCCUUAUUAUGCUUUUUGGGGUUUUCCCUUUCCUCUAGUGUGCUACAAGGGUUUUUAGUGCAUGUAAAUGGUAAAGGCUAAAUUCCCAAAAUGUCUCUCCCACACACUCCGCCCUCUGCCUGAAACACCUCCGUUGGACUCCUAUUGUUUACUUCCGUGACAUAUUGACACGGAAGUAUCACUAUCUAACAUUCGUGCUCCCAGUGGCUCCAACAUAUUGAAUGUGAUAGGCUAAGGGGCGGGACAUAUCUUAGUAUUUGACCAAUCACAUCCGAGCUGGCCAACUAACCAAUCAGAGCAGACUGGGCUCUGGUUUCAGACAGAGGGUGAAAAGAGGUGCUGCAGCACAGGCAGUAUGUCACAGGAGAGGAACUAAAUACAAAUAUUAACCAGAAAAUCAGCAUAAUAGGGCCCCUUUAAGUUUCUGCCACAUCGGCCAGUUUAACACUUAAGAAGCGUAUCGAUGGUAUUUCCAGAUUUGACUAAUUCUGUGGCGUCAGUAUUGGAGAUGUAAUUCCGUAUCUUAGAAUGGUAAAUGUACUUGUGACUGCAUGGUCAGACGUUUAUUGUGAAAGGUCAAAAGAACGUGGCAUCGCGGCUGCUGCCCUUCCUGCUUCGAAAAGACACUUUUUAAUUUGAACUCACAGCAACCUUACAUUUUUAACUCUAAUGUAAUAUUUCAGUUUAAUGCUCAAUAUUUUUUUUGCCAAGUGAUGUAUUUUUAAUAUUUCUUUAAUGCUUGAAUAACACAUUUUACUGCUAUUUUUUUUAAAGUUUCCUCCCUAUAAUGCAAAAAGGUGAAUGUAAUCUGAUAAGCCAUACCACAGUGUGCUUAACACGUCGUCACUCAGUGUCCUUAUGUUGCCAUGUCAUGCCCACCUUUUGUAUCAUCACGAGGGGGUGUCGUGCUCACUUGAGGCGGCGUUGAUGCCAUUGAUCUGACUAAAGCACGUUGUGAAUGUCUUUGCCGCUUAAUGUAAAUGUUGAUAUUCAUUUAUCCCAUUAAAUUAUUUGAAUCCA